AUGCUUGUCAGAUACAGCACCGUCAUCGCCAUGAUGGCCACUGCGGCCAUGAGUGCCCCUCUCAACAUCAACCUUGGCGCUUAUUCACCUGCCCUGGUAGUGGGUGAUGGUGAAAUCUCCUUUGCAGGCCAGCAGGGGGCAGAAGGCAUUGUCAACACGCUGGAAGGUGCCGCUGCUGCAAACAAUGCUGCCGUCGCUCAAGGCCAAGCCAUUGCUCCUGCUGGAAAGGUUAGAGAUCUUGCGGAGUCAUCCGCUCUCAACGAGCCAGCGUCCCGUGCUCUCCCAGGUUCUAUGAAGGAGCUGGACCCCCGUGAAGAGGAGGAGGAGGAGCAGGAGGAGGCCGCCGUUGUGAAGAGACAAGAGGAGGGUGGCUUGACCAAACGUCAGGCGGCCGGCUUCGACCGCGCGCUACAAUUCGCUGAGGCGGCCUUGACCAAGGGGCCUAAGAUUCAGCUCGGCACGGAGGCAGCUGGUGUUGGCAUCCUGGUCGACAACAACCCGACGCCCGCUAGUGCUGUGACAGCGGCAUAG